AUGACGUGGCCGAGUAGUUACAUCUCUCGCUCCUCCACCACACUUUCCGACUUACCCGCUGACGUCAUCUAUCUUGUCUUGAAGCGACUUCCCCCUAGCAGCGUGCGUCACCUCUCCGUCUGCAGCACGGGCUGGCGAGCCGCGUGCAACAGCGACGCGGUUUGGCGAGCGCUGUACGCGGCGCGGUGGGGCGGAGACGUGGCGGUCUGGGACGGCGCCGACGACGCGAGCCGUCGCGGCGACGUUGACGUUGACGUUGACGAUGGCAGCGUUGACUCUUCUCCUGCCGGUUCGUCUCCGACGGAAUCCUUCCUCUCCGCAUCGCCACCGUCGCCAACAGCAAGUAUCCUGCCUCGCGCCGCUGGUUCCUAUCGUGCUGACUCGGAAGAUACUAAGCUCGCCCUCCCCUCCUCCUGGCGCAGACCCGUGUCAGAGCGCCCCUUCCCCCUCUCCUGGCGCCAACGCUUCCGCCAGCGCGCAGCAGCAGUGGGGGAGUCGGCGGCGCUGCUGACGUCGCUCGUGACGUCAGCAGCGCGCCACGAUUCGCUGGAGAUUAAGGAGUAUCAGGUCGCGCUGGGCCUCCUCGCGUGCUCGCGCCUCGUCCUUGCUGACGUGGCGAGGCUGCUUCUUAGGCCGCAGCUGUCGGUGCUACUUAAUAUUUUGGGGGUGCAUUAUGCUCUCAUGAACCUAAGAGUUGAGCCGUCUCUCCUGCUCUCUGCCCUGCAGGCCUCGGGUACAGCAAGCAAGGUGGUGUGUGUGCGGUGGUGGGUGCUGAGAGCAUGGGGGCACGUGGGGUUCCGAAUGAGAGACGAGAUGCUAACCGCUUCUGUGCAGCUUAAAGACUUUGCUGCUGCUGCUGUUGCUCCUGCUGCUGUCGCUGCCGCUGCUGACGGUGAUGAUGGCACUGGUACUGCUCUUGCUGCUGCCAAUUCUCCUCCUGCCGCCCCUUCUGCAGCUUCUGUUGCCGAACCUGUCAUACCUCGUCUGGAACCUGCUACCUCUCGUGCCGAGCCUGUGCUCUCCGCAGCAACACCUGAGGCUCGGAGGCUGUUGGGAGUGGUGUGCAGGGGAGCAGUGCACGAGGUAAUGAGAGUGCAGAUUGCAGCUGAUUUCACCACCAGUGCAUGGGUCGCAAGGGACAUGCACUCGCAGCUUUAG